AUGGCAGCACACGGUUACUACGACACUGGCUACGGCAAUCACCCGCCCACAUACGACCAGGCCUUCCCUCCUACAGAUUCGGUCAAUCGCCGGUCUCCAGCUCCCAGUUAUCCCGAUCCCAGUGCUAAUCCCUACGUCUCCCCGAACGGCGCCGAUCCGUACGACCUCCGUCAUAGUCAACAAUCGCUAGGCUCGGACCAGGGACCGUACGUGGCCGGUGGCCGAUCAAACGAUCACGAUCAAUAUGCGGAGAAUAUCCCAUUGAAAUCGCAGAAUCAAUACCCCAAUGCUCCUCCGCCGGGAGAUUGGAUGCAACAACCGACACACUACCCCCCGCCCGAGAUGAUCGAACCGCCAGCUCCUCGAGGAGGACGCAAGAAGAAGGGUUUCUUUAAGAAGAAGAUUCCUUGGGUGACAUAUACGCUUACGGUGGUGAUGAUUGUGGUGUUUAUCGUUGAGUUGGUCAAGAGCGGUAGGUGGAAAAAAAAUAACGGUAUUCUUGGAUGA